GUCCCCUAGAGCGCCAGCGCCAUAAUCAGCUCUGCGGCUAAGGAGUGAAGGCAGGAGCAGUAGCCAGCCGCCCGGCCCCAGCCCUGUUCUGCUUCAUCCCAACCACCAGCACCUUCCCCGACGGGACGGAGCAGUAGCGGAUGGCGCGGCGUUAGAUCCAACUGCAGAGGCAAGGCUCAACGCGGAGCCACUGGGUGGGGGGCAGGCAGCCGCGUCCGCUUCACCAUGAACCUAGUGGGCGGCUACCCCCAUCCACACCCUCACCAUCACCCCCCUCACCCUCAUCCCAUGCUGCACGAACCCUUUCUCUUCGCUCCAGCCUCACGGUGUCAUCAGGAGCGGCCUUAUUUCCAGAGCUGGGUGCUGAGCCCCGGAGACGUGGCCCCAGAUUUUCCUGGGAGGAGACCGCCGCCCGCUGCCUACAGCCCGGAUGCGGCCGGAACCGCGGGGCCAGCGCAGAGCCCUGGCAGACUGGAGGCGCUGGGUGGCCGCUUGGGCAGGCGGAAAGGCGCGGGGCCCAAGAAGGAACGGCGGCGCACGGAGAGUAUCAACAGCGCCUUCGCAGAACUGCGCGAGUGCAUCCCCAACGUGCCCGCCGACACCAAGCUCUCCAAGAUCAAGACCCUCCGUCUGGCCACCAGCUACAUCGCUUACCUCAUGGACGUGCUGGCCAAGGACGCUCAGGCCGGGGACCCGGAGGGCUUCAAGGCAGAGCUCAAGAAGGUGGACAGCGGCCGCGAGAGCAAGCGUAAGAGGGAGCCGCCCAGCGAAGGGUAUCCUCACCCCCUGGGACCCGGAGAGAAAAAGAUUAAAGGGCGGACAGGCUGGCCACAGCAAGUCUGGGCUUUGGAGCUCAACCAGUGAGAAGCAGCCUCGGGAAGGGUACUCAGCACUCAGAAAAUCCGCCGGGCGCCAUCGGAGUACGAGGCAAGACUACUAUUUCUGGCUGUCCAUUAUUUUCUCAUUCUGUUAUGGAUAUCUUGAAUACUCCUGAGAGUUGUCAGCAGCAAAACUGGUCAAGUGCAAUGCCCUCUGAAAUUGUUUUUUAAUUCGUUAAGAGAAAGAAAAAUAUAUUAUAUAUAAUAUAAAAUAUAUCCAAGCAAACGGAAUGAGGAGCCGGUAUUGACAGGCACACGGGAGGCAAAUCGGACCAACCUUGCUGGCCCUCAUUUCCAACCUUCGACUCACCUUUUCCGUCCUAGAUUGGAAAUCUGAUUUUGCUCUCCUCUGUCUCCUUUUACGCCUUAAUUUGCAAUAUCACGAAGUCAUUCACAGUCAAGCACAGCUUCCUCCUUUCCCGGGACUCCGGUGACCAUAUAUUACCACGAGAAAGGAGAGCUCAGUUGGUCUGGUCUGGGAAUUAUUCUUUUUAAACAAGUGUUGGUUUGGUAACCGCACUUUCUGCCUAUUGCCUGAUAAUUCCUAAUUCCAAGGAAAACCUCUUAUUCUUUGUAAAUAAAAACUUUGAUCCCGUCA